AUGAGCGUACCGCCUUCCCCAACCUCCUCAUCCCUCGACACCCCCCUCUCUAUCUUCGUCCUCCUCCCCUCUGCGGCGCACAUGCAAGCUCAGCAAGGCCCUAUCGCACCCAUAUCUCGGCCGCCUCCCCUCGCUACCCGCCAGUCCGGAAGCUCGGUCGUCACGUUGGAUACACUGCGGAUCGCUGAACAACAGCAACAUCCCCUUGCGAAGGAGACGAAGGGGCAGGUAUCACCAGACUUGACAGGGAACCGUCGUCUCAGUCUGGCGCCAGGAAUGGGGUCAGGCACACAAACCAGAUCAACGAGGUUCGGGGACGGGCUUCGUCCGCUGUCGAGCACGAACGAGGGGUCGGCGAGCUCCGCUGCCCCUCCGCCGUUCGGCAGCUCGUACCGGAUGUCGAGCAAUCUGUCGGUCGAAGCUCCUGCAGCGGCUGGCUCGGCGUCUGGAUCGCGGACCGGGGCAAGCGCACGCUCGCCGCGCCGUCGACCAAAUACCGCCAACGCGCCGGAUCCCCGGUUUCAAAAUCAGGGUCCGCGGGGAAGUAUGGCGCUGCCGAGCGGGAUGGGUCUAGGGUUGAGCGCGAGAGGCUCGAGUCGGCCAGGAUGGGAAGGAGAUGAGGUUGUCGGUAUGCUCCGGGGUAGCGGGAUGGAGGGUGAGCUUGAUUUUGUCAUCCUUGUUCCCCUUGGCGACUCGCCCUCACUCCCCUCCCUGUCGCUCCUCAUGGCUCAGGGCACCACUCCAUCCGCGGUCUGCUUUCAGCAAGACGUCCUCGAUCGAGCUCGUCGGACGGAAGAAGAGUGGCUCCCAUCAGCCAUCGAGCAGAUAGCAGUCGUUGUGCGCAUGCGGGAUCACGCCUCGGCAUCGGGUCGGAGCGAGAAACCCAUCAUCCUCGCCUACUCUGCCAACCCCGCUCUUUCGGCUUCGACGAUAUCAUCCUGCGUUGACGCCGGUGCGUCCGGCGUCUUGAGACCACCAUACGACCUAGAGACGGCUCAGCUGGUCCGGCGGAUGGUGGCAGCGGCCAAGACCGGUCGAUUGUCUUCGGUGGUAAGCAUGGCUGCCAGCAAGACACCGACCAGUCCCACCUUCAGCGACGCCUCCAUGAAGGUCGUCCUCCCUCCUACCGCCCUCUUUGGCGGGGGCGAACACGAGGGCGAGCGGGUCCUUACUGGGCACAGGCGGAAGAUGUCUGGCACGCAGGACAUACAGUCCCUAGCAAAUGCUUCUCGGGAUCGCUCCUCCUCUCGCUCUUUAGCCGGGUCUCGGAAACAGUCCAAGCGCGACCUCCCGUCCUUGACCAUCUCGGCGGCGACAGAAGAAGCGGGGCACCCCGACGCGGAAAUGGACAACCUGGCUUUCGCGCUGUAUCAGCCUUCGCUGCAACGGCGGCGCCGGUCGGUUGAUACAGGGGGCCUAGCGACGGCGAUGAAGCGGGCACAAAAGGCAUUCGAGGUUGCGGCAAGGCCGGUACCAAUACCUGGCCUUGCGCCCUCAACACCGGCGACGCCGCAAAUACGGCAUGGGCGGCUCGGUAGCUCGUCAAGAGCAAUGACGCCGGGACCAAUGCAGGAGGGGCGAGGAUCAGCACAGGAUGAGGCGGAUCCCUUCUCUGGGGAUGUGGAUACCCACCUUGCCGAGCUGCUCAGUGCGAUGUUCUACCAGACCUGUGUGACGAUCGACGUGCAGAUGGAGCAGUAUGAAGAGGCUUCAGCUCCACUCACGUCGGAACAUCGAGCUAGACUCAUGGAUGCGCUGGCAACAUGGGAUUUCAAGCCACAUCGGCUGAGCGAGGGCGAUCUCUACCGUGUCGCCUGCCUGAUCUUUGAGGGUAUCAUGCAUACAGAGGGGAUAGUUGAGCUCGGGUUGGAGCAAGCAGACCAAAUGAAUCGUCUCCUCUUCGCUAUCAAAGCAAUCUAUCACGCACCAAAUCCUUACCACAACUACAUCCACGCCAUAGACGUCCUGCAGGCAACAUACAACUUCCUCAUCGAUAUAGGUGUCGCCCCGCCUUGGUCUUUCCUCCGAGAUCUGACACCCGAUACGUCCGUAUGGAAGCGCCCGGACGAGACGGUCCAGCCUGUCCAUGGGCUAGGGACGAGGCGGGCAAGGGAGGUGUUACGGCCGCAGGAUGUGCUGGCGGUGGUCAUCGCUGCUAUGGGACAUGAUGUUGGACAUCCGGGUCUGGGCAACGCGUUCAUGACAAAUGCCAAGACCCCCCUAUCCCAGGUGUACGACGACAAGUCGGUCCUCGAAAACAUGCACUGCAUGCUCGUCGUUCGGCUGCUUCGCAAGCAUGGUCUCGGAUUCCUCCUCUCCCAGUCCGAUCCCUCGGUCGACCUCACCGCUACCUCCGCCCGCUCCAGCCUCGACUCGAAGGGCUUUAGGAAGGUACUCUACUCGAUGGUCCUCGCUACCGACAUGAGCCUGCAUUUCGCCUGGAUCGGCAGACUAAAGGAGAUGGGAAACAGGGUGGAUGGGCGCCGGAUUGGGCUGAAGCAGGGCGAAGAGGGAGAGAAGGAGGUGGAAAGUGAUCGGAUCAUGCUGUGUCAGUCGGUUUUGAAAUGCGCGGAUAUCAGCAAUCCCACUCGACCCAUCGACACCUCAGAGCAUUGGUCUACUGUUCUUCUCGAAGAGUGGGCCAAGCAGGCAUCUCUCGAGACAGAUCUCUCCCUGCCCGUCUCCGUCAUUGCCUCGGCCGACCAGGCACUCCAAGCCAAAGGCCAAAUCGGUUUCAUCGAUCUCUUCACCCAACCCCUGUUCGAGGCCUUCGCGGACGUCGUACCCGAGAUCCAGCGGUAUGCCGACCUGUGCGCCGAGAAUCGGGCCCUCUGGUCGUCUCGGAUGGAGUCGCUCAAGGAUAGCAACUCGGUACCCCUCGUCCAGCCCGUCAUCGCCGGCGCGUCCGUGGACGACCGGUUCCAGACGCUCUUCCCCCUCAGUCUGCCGGUAUCGCUCGUUUCGCUCUCGUGUCUCGAACCCGGUCCCCUCCCUCCUCCGUCCACAUCAUCCGCCGCUGGACAAGCCACCGCUAGCUACUCCAGUAUGGGUCCCCAAACACCCAAUCGGCAGACCGUCGCGGCCCUCCAAACUCCCCAGUCCACCUCGUCAUUCACGUUCGGAUCCUCUCCUACUUCCUCGUACUCGCCAUCGGCCAAAGCGAUGCGGGCGGUAUAUCAUGCCAAUCUCCUGGAUCAGCGGCAUCGGCUCGCGAAGGAGGGUAAGGGCGUGCCUAUCCCCGGUGUGAAUGUGUUGGUGGAUGCGGCGAGGAGGGCGAGUACGCCGGAUGCAAUUGCGAGCGCGAGUGAGAAUACGGGAUCGGCGGGAAUGGGAAGGUUUGAUCAACAAUUCUUGAGAUCAUGA